GCCUGUAAUCUGUCAAUGGUCAAAGUUAAUAGUUAGGUAUAUAAAUACUGAGUUUUAGGUAUAUUUCCUAUCUGAUUGUUUUACUGAUACCUACUGAUACACGCGGUUUUAUAAGUGUUUACACAAUGGCUGAUAGCGGUGAAGUAAGGCCAAAGGCCGAUGACAACAGGCUGAAACCAGCGAUUCGAAGCCACCAACGUACUCCGUCAGGGUCUCGGGAUUUCAAGGAAGCUACCAAGCGAGAUGCUCUCGCCAGAUUGGAAGUGGAACUGGAGCGUCUCCUGGCAGGCCUGCCAGAAAACAAGCAAACGCUCGUCGAGAAAGAGUUCAAGGGUUUUAAAAAUCUAUUUAGCAGAUUCUUGGCAGAACAGGGUCCAUCUGUGACAUGGGAGAAAAUCGACAAGCUUCCAGAAGGUGCUGUCAUAGAUUAUUCCACCCUCAAAACACCGACCACAGAUAACAUUCACCACAUGCUCGACAAGCUGGUGGUAGUUAAACUGAACGGUGGUUUGGGAACCUCAAUGGGUUGUAAGGGACCGAAGUCGGUCAUCCAAGUCCGUAAUGAAUUAACAUUUUUAGAUUUAACUGUACAACAAAUUGAGCAUCUGAACAAAACGUACAAAUGCAACGUACCGCUGGUACUGAUGAACUCCUUCAACACGGACGAUGAAACACAGAAGGUCAUUCGCAAGUACAAAGGUUUGAAGCUGGACAUCCACACCUUCAACCAAUCCUGCCAUCCUCGCAUCAACAGGGAGUCCCUUUUGCCCAUUGCUCAUAGCCCUAAUGUGCAUUCGGAUAUCGAAGCGUGGUACCCACCAGGUCACGGAGACUUCUACGAAUCCUUCUACAAUUCCGGUCUCCUUCAGAAAUUCAUCAAAGAAGGCAGAACGUACUGCUUCAUCAGUAACAUUGACAACUUGGGUGCCACUGUUGACAUGAACAUUCUUAAUCUCCUCCUUAAUCCAGAACAAAAAUCCCAAUCAGAAUUUGUGAUGGAAGUUACCGAUAAGACAAGAGCUGACGUCAAGGGUGGUACUCUGAUUCAAUACGAGGACAAGCUUCGUCUCCUUGAAAUCGCCCAAGUACCUAAGGAGCACGUUGACGAUUUCAAAUCUGUCAGUCAGUUUAAGUUUUUCAAUACAAAUAAUUUAUGGGCCAAAUUAGAUGCGAUACAGCGUGUUGUCGAACAAGGCUCUCUGAACAUGGAAAUAAUCGUUAACAACAAGAGUUUAGCGGACGGUGUGAACGUAAUUCAAUUGGAAACAGCCGUCGGUGCCGCGAUGAAAUGUUUCGAAGGUGGUAUAGGUGUCAAUGUCCCAAGGAGCAGAUUCUUGCCCGUCAAGAAAACAUCGGACCUAUUACUCGUCAUGUCGAAUUUGUAUAGCUUAUCGCAUGGUUCGUUGGUGAUGUCGCCACAGAGGAUGUUCCCGACGACCCCGCUUGUGAAGUUAGGUGAUAACCACUUCGCUAAAGUCAAAGAAUUCCUCAAUAGAUUCGCUACCAUUCCGGAUUUGAUUGAACUAGAUCAUUUGACCGUGUCCGGUGAUGUUACGUUUGGAAGGGGAGUGUCUUUAAAGGGUACCGUCAUAAUAAUUGCUAACCACGGCGAUCGUAUCGAUAUACCAUCUGGCGCUCUCCUUGAAAACAAGAUAGUGUCUGGCAAUCUACGUAUAUUGGAUCAUUAGUCACAAUUGUAACUUUAUUUUAUAGAAAAAAGUUGGUUUACUACAUACAUAUAGACAUUACGUGAUACCAUUGAAUGCAAAAAAAAAAUGUUAAAAACUGUUUCCUGCAUGUGAAUUUAUAUGCAUAUUUAUUUAUUUAAUCUUUAUAAAAUCGAAUUCAUUUAAGCAAAAUAUUUUGCAUAACUUUGCGUAAAAGCGUGGACUUGUGCAAUUUUUUUGUUUUUUUUUGUUUUUUUUUUGAUUAGAUGGCAGUAAAUGUAUAAUAGUAUCAUUGUGCAAAAUUAUUUUAAUAAAAAUGUCUACUUAUUCUAUUUUUA